CGAAGCAGCAUCACUACGAGCAUACGAUAGCAACAGUGGCAGACGUGCACCUCAGCAUCAGCAGUCGCAUCACCGCCACAUUCUCCCUCUUGCCCCGUACUCGGACGAGCGAGCAAAAGUACCGACAAGGCGAAUCGCGACAUAUCCGCCGUCAUGUCCGGCUUCCGAUACAAUGCGGGUCAGUCCACCGCCUCCUCGGGCAUGGGCCACUCCACCUCCUUUGGCUCCCUCACACCCUCGCGUCCCGCUCCGCCUGUCCCGCCGUCCAAAUCGGGCAGCAGCAGCGGCAGCAGCAGUAGCAGCAGCUCGCAGCAGAACAGCGCCUUCCUUCCGCCUUUCUCCUCCUUUGGCCCCGGCAGCAGCAGCAGCAGCAAUGGGGGAGCCGGCGGGCUCGGCUCGCUCGGCUCGUCCUCGCUGGGCAGUGGAGGCGGCGCCGGCAGCAGCAGUAGCGGAAGCAACAGCGGCUUUGGCGGCCCCGGCGUAGGGCUAGGCGCAGGCCUGGCCGGGGCGAGCGCGGCCAAGCUAGGGAAUGCCGGCAUUGGCCCUGGCGCAGGUGGCGGCUCAUACACGGGCUCUUUGCGGCCCAUCAUGAGCUCGAACAACUCCUCUUCCAGCAGCUUCGGGCCCGCAUCGAGCAACGGCAGUCUCGGCAGCUACGGCCUGAACAACGGGCCUUCUUCCGCCGGCGGCAGCACCAGCGGCUUUGGAACAGGCGGGAGCAGCAAGAUCCUCCGCAAAGGCUACGUCAGCGUCAAGGAGGACGGGAUAAGAAGCUGGAUCUGGAGCAAGAGGUGGCUCGCACUCAGAGAGCAGACGCUCACAUUUCACAAGAACGAGACAACAUACCAGCCCUCGUCGCUGAUCUUCCUCAAGGAGAUCACGAAUGUGACGCGCACUGACCUGAAGCCGUACUGCAUCGAGAUCGAGACAAAGGAUAAGACGUACUACGUCCAGCUCAAAAACGAUGAGGAGCUGUACGGCUGGAUGGACGAUGUUUACUCGCGCUCGCCGCUCAUGGGCGUCUCGUCGCCGACGAACUUUGUCCAUCAGGUGCAUGUCGGCUUUGACCCCAUCUCGGGCGCGUUCACCGGCCUGCCGGAGCAGUGGACCAAGCUGCUGACCACAAGCGCCAUCACCAAGGAGGACUACGUCAAGAACCCGCAGGCGGUGCUCGACGUCCUCGAGUUCUACACGGACAUCCAGAAGCGCGAGCGCGACGACUUUGGACUCGGCACACCCACCAUGAACCUCAAGCCCGGUGCAACAGCCGCCAGCGCCAAUAGCACGCGCUUCGGUGGCACCGGCUACGCCGGAAGCCAGCAAGCCACCACGGGCCAGGCGCAGCAGGAUUUCAGGACCGGCACCCAGACCGGCUUCGCCAGCAAGGCAUCUGGGCAGCAGCAGCAGCAUGCCGGCUCGGGAUUCUCGUCAACUCCUUCCUCAUCCGCUUGGGGGGAUGUCACACGGACAGGCUCGGCUGGGUCGAACAAUGCGAGUGGCGGCAGCGGCAGCAACUAUCGGACAGCCGAAGCGCAGCGGCGCCCGGAUCCACCGCAGCAGCAGGGCAGCACGCAAGACCGGCUCGGCGCUAGCAGCGGCAGCGGCAGUGGUGCCUCCGGCGGCUACGGCGGCAGCGGCAGCAGCAAUGCCAACAAUGGGCGCGCUUCGCCUUCCCCGAGGCCGACGAACGCGCCGGCCCCCACGCUUAAGGACAGGAGUCCCGUUGGAGGCGCCGCCAACUCGCCAUCGGACUUGUUCGCCAGCAGGCCGGCGCCCUCAGCGCCUGGCGCAUCGAGCAGCAGCAGUGGCGGCGGCACCAGCACUGGCUCCAGCAGUGCAGCGACCAGGCAGGCGCCUGGCGGACCGCGCGGUGCGCUGCCGAGCAGCAGCAGCAUCGGUCGCAGCAGGACAGAUGCGAAUGAUCCUGGUGGCGUAGCGGCGUUGAACGUCAAAGCCAAGGAUCUGAAGCUCUCUGCUGCGCUGCCGACGGACGAGCGCAAGGCACGCAACCCCGCUGACGCGGAUGGAUCGGGUGCCAAGGCCGGCGCUGCAGGCGCGGUGAAGGCUACGCGCCAAGCGCCAGCUGCGCCUGCCGGUGCAGACAAGCAGGCCGCGCCGGCCGUCAAGCCGCUGCAGACAGCCAAGAAGGCCGAACCGGCGCCGUCGGCCGCUGCUGCGUCGUCCAAGGCUGCUGCCAAGGAGAGCGACCGGCGGAUCAGUACAAUGACCGAGGCGCAGAUCAUGGACAAGCUGCGCAGUGUCGUUUCGCCCGACGAUCCGAACCAGCUGUACAGCAAGAUCAAAAAGGUCGGCCAGGGCGCAUCUGGGUCUGUGUAUGUCGCCAAGACGCUUGCGACGGGCCAGCGCGUCGCGAUCAAGACGAUGGACUUGUCGCAGCAGCCGCGCAAGGAGCUCAUCGUCAAUGAGAUCCUCGUCAUGAAGGAGAGCCAGCACCCGAACAUUGUCAACUUCCUCGAGUCAUACCUCGUCAAGAACAACGAGCUGUGGGUCAUCAUGGAGUACAUGGAAGGCGGAGCUUUGACGGAUGUCAUCGACAAUAACACGCUCGAAGAGGACCAGAUCGCUGCUAUUUGCUUCGAGACCUGCAAAGGCUUGGAACACCUUCAUGCCCAAAGCAUCAUCCACAGGGACAUCAAGAGUGACAACGUCCUCCUGAACGCGCAGGGCCAAGUCAAGAUCACCGACUUUGGCUUCUGUGCCAAGCUUACGGACCAGAAGAGCAAGCGUGCCACGAUGGUUGGUACCCCGUACUGGAUGGCACCAGAGGUGGUCAAGCAGAAAGAGUAUGGCGCCAAGGUGGACAUUUGGUCGCUCGGCAUCAUGGCGAUCGAGAUGAUCGAAAACGAGCCGCCAUAUCUGGAUGAGGAACCGCUCAAGGCGCUGUACCUCAUCGCCACCAAUGGCACGCCGACGCUCAAGAAGCCGGAACGCCUCAGCAAGGAACUGAAAGGUUUCCUGGCCGUCUGCUUGUGCGCCGACGUCAAAUCUCGCGCGACUGCCGACGAGCUUCUCCAGCAUGAAUUCCUCAAGAAGUCAUGCGCGCUUUCGAGUCUCGCGCCGUUGCUGCGCUUCCGCAACCGCGAGAGAUCAUGAGGACUCUGAUCACACAGAGCAUCGAAAGGAUGCAAUGACAGCAGCACCAGCACCAACACCGCCUAAACCCCAUGCGAACGGGAUACCUCAUCACCUAUCUAUCAAUCUCUGCCGUCGGAUCUCAUCAACUCUCCACCAAUCCUCCACUUCACUCUUCCUUACACUGUCCUCCCUGCUUCGAAUCUCACGAUAUUACCACAAGCAAGGAGGACAUUCCUCCAAAAGUGACAUUACGAACAUAUUUCAAGCGGUGUAGGCACGCGACGUUCCUCUUCCAUGAUGUGUUCCAUCCCCCCUUUGUAUUUUUGUUGCUAUCAUGCGGCCAACGAUGUUCGAGGGAAUAGUCACAUCAAAAGUACGCCAUGCACGCUGGGAAUCUUCUUUUG